AUGGCCCCCGGAACGCUUUCUCCUCAGCUGCCCUCCGCGCCCUACGCCCUCGCUACUGGCUCCGCUUCCUCCAAGACCAGCCGCAAUGCCAGCGCUGUCUACAACCAGCAUCAUGAUGAAGAGUACUCAUCCGAGACGGUCGAGAGCCGCCAGCGAGCUAUGAGCCAGCGGUUCUUCUCUCGCAAGAGCUCAAUGCUCAAUGUCUCCAACAUUUCCAAUGUCGUGUAUUCGAUCAAAAGACGCAGCUCCGAGGAGCUGGGGUCCAACAUCUCGGCGCGACUCUUUAGCGCCACGCACGAGUCUCUACUCGAGUGGAUCAGCGCCCAGCGCAUGAGUGAUCUGCCUCCAGAGGGUAGCAGCUAUGACAAGGUCCUCGCAUGGGCUCAGCUUUUCGCCAACCGCCUUCACUCCUUUGAGUAUGCUAUUCAGGAGUUUGCCGGAGACAGCUAUCUCGCUGCCCAGCUUGCUUAUGGAUACUGUUCACUCCUUCUCGAGCUCGGAAAGGAGAAUGCCCGUGCUCUGAUGAUCUCUUUUGGGUUCUUCUACAGCAUGUCCGUUCCGCUUCUAAACCUGCUCGAACGCAUCGAACUCUUCAGUGUCUCCCAAGAGAUUCGCGAGCAGCUCGUGCUCGCGCUGUCCGAUCUCGUGUCCCUGGUUGCAAGCGUUGCUACGUAUUUCCACAAAGCCAUUGGAGAGACCACCACAUCAGUCUCGGUCAAUAUCUACUCCACCUUUCCGACUCAGAUUAGGACUUUCCUGGAACGAUGCGACAAGACGGCCGAGCUGAUGUGGCAGCACCAGCUUAUGAAGGAGGGAGUCACAGAGAGCAGAGUCUCUCAAAUCCGGGCGAUCAAGGCCUGGAUUGCUCCGGAGGACCAGGUGCUGUCACGCGUUGUCAACUCGACUUCGCAAUUGGCCCAUGACCGUGAAGAACUGACCUGCCUCUACAUCGGGGCCUACCUGACCCGGUUUCUGAAGGGUUCGCACAAGACUAUGGCCUUGAGUGGUCCUCCCGGGUCCGGAAAGACGGUACUGGCUUCUGUCAUCUUCGACUACCUGCAGCAUCCCAUUGCCGGUGUGACCUACAGCGCCCUGUUUGUACCAAUCAAUGGCCGCGUCCCUGGCGAGACGACUCCUCGUGCAGUCGCCAAGUCGUUGCUGUACCAGCUGUAUCAGAAGCGCACGGGCAACGUGCAGCUGCUCAACAUCUUGACAGAGGCCUUUGAGCGCACCGUUCGGAUGACGACCGAGGACGAGUACGAUAACAUCCUGUGGCAGACCGUUGAGCGUGCUGUAACGGCCAACCUCCCGGGCGCCAAGGACCUUGUCUUCGUCAUAGACGGUCUAGAUGAGUGCUCAGCAGGGGAAGAAGCCCUGUUCAAACGUCUUCAGAGUGUUGCAAACACCAAGGGCGCAAGCACUUUGAAGCUCAUCACGCUGGGUACCAAGCCUCAGCAGGGUGUCCAAAACUUGCAGAUCAACGAGGACCUCAUCUUCGAUGACAUCAUGGCUGUUGUGCGCAACUACUUUGAGACAUCGAAGCUGUACAUCUCGAUGAGCGAGAUGGAGCGCGAGGCGCUUGUGGCAGGGAUUGCCACGGCCUCCAAGGGUUCUUUCGUCUGGGCGAAGCAGGCCUGCAAGCAGCUUCGUCGUGAGACCACGGUCAAGGAGCUCUUUUCGAGUUUGGAGAAGAUUGCCAACUGCAGCAUCGGCGAGUUCGUGCAUCGGACUCUUACCGCACCCGAGGUCACUCACCAGACGCGUCUGCUGCUGACCUGGCUUGUCACUGCAGAGCGACCCCUGAGCACCAACGAGUUGGCCACUCUGGCAUCCAUCAACGUGGAGAAGCAGAGCAUCGAACAUGACCACAAGAUUGACGUCAUGAGCACGCUGAGGCCUGUAAACUCGCUUGUUUUUAUGCAAGAUGGGCUGACUUACCUGCGUCACGAUGUCAUUCGCAAGGCCGCUACAGAGUGUCUCAACGAGACGAAGGGGUCAAUCAAGGACCGCCACGGCGACUUGGCCACACGCCUGCUCAUCUACAUUAACUCGACUGUCACUGAUCCGCGCGAGCCCACUUUGACAGUUCUGGACAGCCAUUCGGUGCAGCAACUCACGAGCCGACACACUCUGCUCGAGUUUGCUAUCAGUUACUGGCCGCUGCACCUUCGCAAGAGCUUUGCCUUCCUGAAGCCCGAAACCAGCGAGUCCGAUGCUGCCAAGCUCGUGUCCAAGGUCGUUCCCAAGAACCUCACUGUCUACCUACUGCAGGCGGCGCUCUGGCAGCACCAGCCUCUCCCGAACCAGCUCAAGUACCACACCAUGAUAACCAGCAUCACCCGCCAGCUGCUCACGACAAAAAGCACCAUCACGCUACAGUCCAUCAUCUUCUUGGCACAAAUCUAUCGCCGGAUCGAAUUCACUCCGGAUGCGACCACCCUCUUCUAUGAGGCCACAACAGUGUCCAACAACGUGCUCACAAGCAAGAGUUCCAUCACAAUGGAGCUCGCCAAGAUCUUCACCGAGCUGACCAGCACUCGUGUGACCACGUCAAAGACGGACGUCAUCAUGACCCAUCGCGAGCAGGUCCUGCUGAUCUUGACCGAGUGCUACAAGAUACAGUAUGGGCAGAAGUCCGAGUAUGUCCUGACGACGCUGAAGCUGUUGGUCGAGCACUACCGCACAGUAAAGGACGAGACUAAGGCUCAGCAAAUGAUCACCAAGAUUCGGGCCAUCAGCACCACUACCGAGUUUGGCGGCGAGACCACGACCACGACAAUCGGCGACAAGAAUGAUACCCUUGAUGGAGAUCUACACGUCCACCUCCACGGCCGCAAAGACACGCACGGUGGUCACGCGGGCAGCGGUGUGGUCCUGACGCUCGACACUGAGGAGCAGGACGAGGUCAUCGAGGGCCGGGGCACGGGCGCCGCGUACGACUUUGAGUUCUUCCUCGUCAAGGCGGAGCGCUACCUCGCCGAGGGCCGCACCGAGCUCGCAGAGAAGACGUACAUCGAGAUCUGGGAGCGCGUGACCCGCGAGUACCGCGCCACGCACUCCGCGCUCUGGGAGGAGCGCAAGAUGAAGAGCGUCGUCUGCUACUCGCGCUUUCUCAUGCAGCACAAGAGGACCGAGCACGCGCGUAGCGUCCUGUGCACUGCGUGGGAGGAGUACAGGUACUCGUCGUCGCAGAGCGUCAUGACUGAGAGCACUUCGGCAAUGUACCUCGAGAUGUCCACCAUGAUGAAGUCAGUCGGGAUGGUGACCGAAUCGCUGGCGCUGAUGAAGCACUGCUCGCAGUACUACCACAGCACGAACAACACGUCAUCUUCGGCGUACAAGGCGCUGCAGCAGAGCAUCAGCAGCACCUCGCGGGAGAUUGUCAAGUCGGCGAGCAGCUCGAGCUCCACGACCGUGUCCGAGACGAUGCUCGAAGAGAUGGUCCUCGAGCAGAGCAGCUCGUCAGUCACUGUCGAACAGAGCACGUUCACGGCGACCCAGAGCCUCGUGAGGCUUUACAUUGUGCAGCACCGCUGGCGCGACAGCACCCGCCUGCUGAAGCAGAUCCUCCGAAACGUCUGGCCUUCCCUCUUCUCGUCCAACGUGCAGGACGUGGUGGCACCGACCAAGCACGUCGAGGACGCUGUCGAGCUGGCCGAGCGCUUGGCUGACUGCUACCAUGCCCGCCGCCGCCGCGCCAAGGAAGAAGAUAUUCGCAUCCGGGUGUACCGGGCGAUGCGUUCAUCUCGCAAGGUCGACGACAAGCUGCGCGAGAGAGUGACGCGGGACCUCGUACAGCAUCUACGCCGGACCGACGAGCACAAUGAGCUGUUGAUCACGGUCCGUCAGGAAAUGCUCGACGACUACACCGCACACUACGGUAGCGAGCACCCUACCGUGAUCAAGAUGCUGUGGGAGCUGGCCGAGUUGACUCGCCCGCAUCCCAUCUUCCUCGACUACUACCGAAAGAUCAUCAAAGCUCUGCACCGUCCCAACAGCACUGAUUCCACAAUCACCCCCGAAGCAUUCGAGCCGUACGUGACUGUGGCGACUGAGCUAUAUAACAAGGGCCAGUUCAGCGACGCCGUGCCGUAUUACAAGGCAAUCUUCAUCACGUUCCUCCGCCAGGCCAAGACGAACCCCAAGCUCUCCGAGCCGGGCUUCGUCAAGUCAAUGUUUGAACAGUACACACACUGCCUGCGCAGCGUGCGCAGCGACUUCACCCUGAUUCACCGCGUAACAGUCGAAUACCAGACGCAGUGCAAGACCGUGUUCGGCAUGAAUGCCUCCAUCACGAUCCGGGCCACCCUGCAGCUUGCCAAGAUCUGCCAGGAGUCGAAGCGGUACGAACUCGAGGCGGUUGCUCUGUACGAAGAGCUGCUCAAGAUCCAGAGUGAUGAGAUCGAUCAUACCGAGAUCAGCGCCAUUCUUGACUCGAUCUACGAGGAACAGGUCGACUUGGCGACUGCCACAUCUGGCAGCCGCUCCCAGACCCUUUCUUCUGAGCAGGCCCAGCGCGCCAUCAAGGUGCUCCGCAAGCGCGUCACAACCAUCCCCGAGACGCACGGCUGGGCACACGAGGAGUCGCUGUCGAAACUGUCUGAGCUGGUUCGGUUCUACAGCUGCCAGCAGACGAGUUCGUCCCAGGAGGAGACUACUCGCUCCGAGAUGAUUCUGACCGAGCUCAAGACGGCAACCACCCAUAUCUUGACCCAGGAGACGUCAUCGACUCGACUCAUCGCCGCAGCAUCGACGAUCGCCUCCAGCUAUAUGCAGGCCCAUCAGGUCCAGAAGGCUACGGAGAUCAAGCACGAGCUCUACCGUCAGAUCAUGACCAAGGACACUUCGCAGACCUCGACUUAUGGGUUUGACUUGACCUCGCGCGGACGCGAGAGUCUAGUCUUCCUCGCUCAAUUCGAGCACUCGCUUGCCCGCCGCCAUCACAGCGUGACUGUUACCGACAUCCUCGCGGAGCUGACGACGCAGUACGUCUACUUUGAAGAGUUCCGCAGCCUGACAAAGACCAAGUCCACCACGACCGUGUCUCUCAGCACAGUCGUUGGCUCAGCUGCCCGGCUGCAUACCUUCCUACUCUCUUGCGACCGCACGGAUGCUGCACAGGGCGUGUUCCGCGAGCUCGUGGACUACUUUAUGCACCACAGCACCGAGGGCAAGUCAGCCAAGCUGGCCAAGCCGUCGCAGGUACACGCGCUGCUGCACAACCUUCUCCAGUACUUUAGCACGUAUCGCUCCCAGAGCUUUGUGCGAUCUGUUGGCAUCAGUGGCACUCGUGGCGUCGAGAACUUGCUGAAGCAGCGCAAGUAUGAUGCUGCCAUCGACCUGGCAUCUGCUACCUUUGCGUUCAUUUCCUCCCAGGACGCGUACCGUACUGAUCCUGACGUCGCCAAGCUUGUACUCGUCUUGGGCCUGACCCUCGCCGAAGGCAGCGGGCUGAAAUACAACGACCUGGUGUCUUCAUCGUACCCUUCCAUGUUUCCCCAAGGCAACGGCUCCUCUCCUCGCCUGCUCUCCUCUGCCAAGCCAGGCACCCCUCCCGGGCCCGCGAUCCGCCCCGCAAGCCGGAAGCUCGACGAGGGCCCCCGGGCAAAGCUGCUCGAGGCGUCCAAGCCCAUCACAGGCUCCGUCCUGGGCGUCCUCGGCGACAUGAAGAUCAACCUCGAGGGCAUCUCGCUCGUGCACCUGAACCUGCUGAUCGGCGUGCUCGGCGCGCAGCGCGACUACGCGAGCCUGUCCUGGCUGCUGACCAUCCUGUGGGAGUCGCGCGAGGCGCAGCGCAGCUGGCCCGGCAGCGUCACCCUCGCGCUCGGCCGGCGGUACAUCAUGGCGCGGUACCUCGUGGGCGACACGACGGCCGCGGUCAGGCUGGCCGAGGACAUUGUGUACAACUGCCGGCGCGUGCACGGGAACCGGCACCCCCGGACGCUCGACAUGAGCGUCUUCCUCACGCAGCUGUACACGGGCAUCGCGCAGAGGUAUCACAACUCUGCCGCUGCUGGCGGUGGCAAGGACGGCAAGAACGGCGUCUUGCCGGGCGGCAAGGACAUGGCGGCGCGGUACUACAAGAAGAGCGCGGCCGUGCAUGAGAACAUCCUCCGCAUAUUCAGCGACCCUGCGUACGCCGAGAUGGAGGGCGGGCUGGACGGGAGCCUGCACUUUGACGACGGCCAGUCGACGUUCAGCGGCAUUGGGGUGGGUGUUGGUCUGCUUGGCGGGGCUGUCAGCGAUGGCGAUGCCCUGUCUCUGAGUGACCCCGGUAUGAGCGACGGCGAGAGGAUUCGGCUGCACUUCAAGCUCCUCAAGCUCGCAGUCGAGAGGCUGGGUGCUUGGCCCAAGGACUACAAGGAGUACGAGCGGCUCAACGCUGAUGUGUUCCGCGAGUACAGCGAGAGCCUGAGUGGGUUUGAGGGUGUUGAGCGCUGGAACCUUGGUGGUUUCGGCGGGGGCAAGGCUGAGAGCUCGGAAGACUUGCUCGACAUUGAGGGUUUCAAGCACUGGGAGUUGUUGAGCGGUAAUGGCAGUGAGGAGGAUGAGGAGCUAUGA